CGAAGACACCCAGAAAGAGCAGGACUGGAGAGACAAGGCGCGAUCAACCGCACGCAGAAUCAAGGGCGCAAGGCGGCAGUCCGGAUACAACAACACAGCCCUGCGCCCGCAGGGGGUGCCAGCGGACCCAGCACGUAUCCCAGCCGCGCUAUCGAAGGCUGCAGCGAUGGCGUCGCCGCAGCUUUUCGGGACUGUGAUCCCGGAGCCGCGACCGCAGCUCAACACGAAAUCUUGGUGGUCGCCAGGGUAUGUCAUCGGCCGCCUGUCUGCGAUGCCAUGGCGGAGGCCACCGCCUUGGAAGGCGCCAGCGUCGAGUUCCAGGCGAAGGCAGGCGUCGGCAAGCGGUAACUCUGCAGUCCUACUACAUAGACGAGACGCCUGUGACCAACGCGCAGUUCCGGGAAUUCGUCAGGGCCACACGUUUCAGGACGGACGCGGAAAACUACAGCUGGAGUUUCGUGCUCGACAGCGUCCUGAGCCAGAGAGAGAAGGACACCAACGAGCGCUACGUGGAGAACGCCACGCACUGGGUGGCGGUGGAGGGCGCCUGGUGGCGGCAGCCAGAGGGCAGAGACUCCUCGCUGGCGGGGCGCUGGCAGGACUACCCCGCCGUGCACGUGAGCUGGAACGACGCGGCUGCGUACUGCCGGUGGGCGGGCAGAAGGCUGCCCACCGAGGCCGAGUGGGAGAACGCGGCGCGCGGGAAGCGGAAGGGCGCGCUGUACCCUUGGGGCGACGGCGGCAGCGCCAGGGCCGUGGUCGUGUGGCUCACCGACCGCGGCAUCGUGGGGCCGGACGGCUCCUGGCAAAUGAACGUCUGGCAGGGCAACUUCCCGAGGUCCAACGAGAAGAGCGACGGCUACCACGCCAUCGCCCCGGUGAAGGCCUACCCUCCGAACUCGUACGGCCUAUACUCGACCGUCGGCAACGUGUGGGAAUGGACGGCGGACGCAUGGCGGCUUCCCAACGACCGCCAGGGCCAGGAGGAGCAGUGGACGCUGAAGGGCGGCUCGUUCAUCGAUAGCGUCGACGGCGCCCACAACCACAAGGCCACGGUCGUGACCCGCAUGGGCAACACUGCGGACAGCGGCAGUUACAACACCGGUUUCAGGUGCGCCUCGGGUGCGGGGGGCGGUGGGCGCAAGCAGAAGCUCGAUGAGCAGAAGAUGUCGAAGCUCGUGGAGGAGGGCGGCGUUGAGGCCCUCACGGACUUUUUGAAGCAAUCUGGCCAGGGGGCGCAGGUGAUCACCGCCGCCGACCUGAAGGGGAAGUACGAGAGGCUUCAGGAGACGAAGGAGGAUAUGUCCCCCGAGGAGCUUGAGUCGAAGCUCAAGGAGCUCAAUGCUCUCAAGGAGCAACUGGCGGCCAGGUAA